CCCGGCAGGCCGCGCGCGGAGGCUGCCGGCGGGACUGGAGUGCCGCGGUGGCUGUGAGAAAGUGACCCGUCGGCGUAGGUUCCCGUGUUAGUGAUGGCUUCCUUCGUGACGGAGGUUUUGGCUCAUUCGGGGAGCCUGGAGAAGGAGGAUCUCGGCACCCGGAUCAGCCGCCUGACUCGGAGGGUGGAGGAGAUCAAGGGUGAGGUAUGCAAUAUGAUCAGCAAGAAGUACAGUGAAUUUCUGCCUAGUAUGCAGAGUGCACAGGACCUUGUUACCCAGGUGGAUAAACUAUCUGAUGAUAUUGACCUGCUGAAAUCCAGAAUAGAGAGUGAGGUCCGUCGUGAUCUUCAUGUAUCGACUGCUGAAUUUUCAGACUUGAAACAACAGUUGGAAAGAGACUCCGUGGUCCUGAGUUUGCUUAAACAGCUACAAGAGUUUUCUACUGCUAUUGAAGAAUAUAAUUGUGCAUUAACAGAGAAGAAAUAUGUCACUGCUGCUCAGCACCUGGAAGAGGCACAGAAAUGUUUGAAGUUAUUAAAAUCCAGAAAAUGCUUUGAUUUAAAAAUAUUGAAAUCUCUCAGCAUGGAGCUCACAAUACAGAAACAGAACAUACUUUAUCACCUUGGAGAAGAGUGGCAGAAGUUGAUUGUAUGGAAAUUCCCAUCAUCAAAAGAUACCAGCAGUUUAGAAUCUUGUCUGCAAACAGAACUUCAUUUGUGUACUGAACAAUCCCAGAAAGAGGAGAAGACCCUUAUGCCAUCCAUGAGUUCUGUCUUGUUGGCAUUUUCUAUCCUUGGAGAACUACACACUAAGCUUAAAUCAUUCGGUCAGAUGCUGCUGAAGUAUAUCCUUAGGCCUUUGGCAUCUUGCCCAUCCCUUUAUGCAGUGAUAGAAAGCCAGCCUAAUAUAGUUAUUGUUCGUUUCGAAUCUCUCGUGACUGACUUGGAACAUCCAUCACCAUCCGAAGUUUUUGAAAAGAUCCGACUCGUGCUAGAAGUGCUUCAGAAACAGCUUCUAGAUUUGCCUCUUGACACUGACUUAGAAAUUGAAAAACCAUCUACGAUCAUAUUGGCUGAGAUGCUUGGUGAUGUAAUCUGGGAGGAUUUGUCUGAGUGUCUCAUCAAAAACUGCUUGGUUUAUUCUAUUCCAACAAAUAGCAGCAAGCUACAGCAAUAUGAAGAGAUCAUACAAUCCACUGAAGAAUUUGAAAAUGCCCUAAAGGAGAUGAGAUUUUUAAAAGGAGAUACUACUGAUUUGCUGAAAUAUGCUCGUAAUAUCAAUUCUCAUUUUGCUAACAAAAAGUGCCAGGAUGUGAUUGUGGCAGCUAGAAACCUAAUGACAUCUGAAAUCCACAACACUGUGAAGAUUACUCCUGAUUCUAAGAUAAGUGUGCCAGACUUACCAAGUCCUGAUGAGGAUAACAAGCUUUUAGUACAAAAAGUAUCCAAAACUGAGUACAAUGAAGCAGUGAAUUUAGAACCUGAAAAUACAUUGGAUCAACAUUCCUUUUCUUUGCCUACAUGUCGCAUCAGUGAAUCUGUGAAGAAGUUAAUGGAACUUGCUUAUCAGACUUUAUUAGAGGCAACAACCAGUAGUGACCAAUGUGCUGUCCAACUUUUCUACUCAGUGAGGAAUAUCUUUCAUUUGUUCCAUGAUGUUGUACCAACAUAUCAUAAGGAGAACCUUCAAAAACUUCCCCAGUUGGCUGCUAUUCACCAUAAUAACUGUAUGUAUAUUGCUCACCACUUGCUGACCCUGGGGCAUCAGUUCAGAUUACGCCUUGCCUCCAUUCUUUGUGAUGGCACUACUACUUUUGUGGAUCUUGUACCUGGCUUCAGAAGACUUGGAACAGAGUGCUUUUUGGCCCAAAUGCGGGCACAGAAAGGUGAACUUCUGGAAAGAUUGUCAAGUGCUAGGAACUUUUCAAAUAUGGACGAUGAAGAGAAUUAUUCUGCAGCAAGUAAAGCAAUCCGGCAGGUACUGCACCAACUAAAGAGACUUGGAACUGUGUGGCAAGAUAUCCUGCCAGUGAAUAUAUAUUGCAAGGCUAUGGGGACUUUACUAAAUACAGCAAUUUCUGAGAUCAUUAGCAGAAUCACUGCCCUUGAGGACAUCUCUACUGAAGAUGGUGAUAGAUUGUAUUCCUUAUGCAAAACAGUGAUAGAUGAAGGACCCCAAGUAUUUGCACCUCUAUCUGAAGAAAGCAAGAACAAGAAAUAUCAAGAAGAGGUUCCCAUCUAUGUGUCAAAAUGGAUGCCUUUCAAAGAACUGAUGAUGAUGCUACAAGCUAGCUUGCAAGAAAUUGGAGAUCGGUGGGCAGAUGGAAAAGGGCCGCUGGCAACUGCAUUCUCUUCCAGUGAAGUAAAAGCUUUAAUUCGUGCCUUGUUCCAGAACACAGAAAGAAGAGCCGCUGCCCUUGCUAAGAUUAAGUAGCUCGAUCUUCCUGAGAAAGCCAUAACUUGACUAUGUGGAUCCUUCUUUGGUGUAGUUACUCCACAAGACUUCUUGGGAUCACCCUUUGGUUUUGGUGAACCAGAAUUUCAUGGAAGCUUGUCUUUAUAUAAGGAUGUCUUACCUCCUGGCCUGUAUGAGACUUUGUUGAAAAACUGGAUAUUAAGAUGUCAAGUGAAGCACCUCAAUUCAUUGAUUUUCUAGGCAUUCUCCUUUGGUAUAUAAGAAACAGUGGGGCAGUAUUUAUGCUGAUUCCAGGACUCUCUGGGAACUGUAUACAUUGUAAUUUUAGGCCCUGAUUUUGUAAAAAGGAAUACAAGAGAAUCCAAGACGUAGAAUGAAGAAUUUAUGAGAGAUUUUUGUUGGGGGGGGGUGGAUAGGGAUACCAUAUUUGGUUUUGCAGGAAUUGGGAGACCUCGUAUAAUAUUUCUUUCUAGUAAAUAAUAUCUUUCAGAGUUAAAGGGUGAGUGUCUUUGAUAACAAGGGGGCUUUGACAAGAGACAAAGUUUUCUUCUGUACUUUUAAAAAAUUGACAUAUUUGACCCUCACAGAUGUACUGACUUGUCAUCUCCUUUCUUUGUAAUACUAUCUGACACUUUUUCAGAAUUCCUAAGUCCCUUAGGACUUUAAGUUUUGGAAAGUUUUGCUGUUUCAACUGACUUUUAUUUUCUUAUUAGGUCCUCCAUCAGCCUCAUUCUGACACUCUAGUAUUUCUGUACCUUAGCAAAUGUCAAGGGUUUUACAUUGCCCAUGUUCCUUUGGAAUGUACAUGCUGUGAGAUGCCCAUGCUGGGCUUUAUAGCCUAAUCCUUUAUUUGGUGGACAUAGCUGAUUUGUCAGCUCAAUUUUUGUUUUAAGUCUUUGUUUCCACUGUCAGUAAGUAUUAUGUUUAAGGUGUUAUCCUGGAUCUCUCUAGGACACUGGAUUAUAUCUCUUGGUACUAAAUAAUAGUUUCCCCUCCUGAAAUAGGGGUGUGAUCUUUACAUGUUUUUGAGGCAGCUUCUGUCUGAAGGAUAUUCCCAAUAUAAUUGACCUGAUUUCUUUGUCCUCAGUCUUCUAAUCUCCUUGCCCAAAAACAUACAUUGUUUUUCCUUUUGCCUUCUCCUUCUUGUACUUAGUUCUGAUUCAGCCAAGAUCUUUAAUCAAGUCAUUCUGGUUGCUUGGUCUUUCUUUUCCCAUUUAAGGAUCAUAGAAGAACUAAACAAAGAAGUCUAGAUAUCUUAUGAUAGAACUCAGCUGGGUUAACAACAAGCUAUUUGUCUAUACUCUGCAGGUCCUACUCUGAGCACUCACAGACAAAAAAUGGUCUGAACCAGCUUCAGUUUUUUGAGAACAAAAAAGUGGGCUUUCUUAAGAGAGGAGGAAGGGGCUAUUUUAAACGAAAAUGUCUGUUUUUGAAAAUUCACACAAUUUCAGGUAGCAUUCUCUUCACAUUUUUGGGAGUGGUGAACUAAGGGCAGAACUGAAAUGUAUCACAAAGAUGUUACACAAAACAACAGAUUUCUUUUGUUCAUAGAUGCUAUUCCUAUUGUUUGACAGGUACAACAAUUUGGGGGUGGGAUCUCUUAUAUGCUAUUCUCCUUUCCUCCUCCCAGCAACAUGGAAAACUGCAUUACUAAAGUUCUUGGGCCACGUAGGCUCAAUCUUGGAACUGUUUCCUCUGAUGAAUAGUCUGUGAGCAGAGCAGGUAGACUUCAUCUGUUUUCUGGCUGAAACAGCUAAUAGCUGAUGAUUAAGAUGAUGUUCAUUCUGAUUAGGGACAGAUUAUCUGAUUGAACAUAUGGGAGCUGGGUUUGGUAGCUCUUACAGAGUCCUUGAGGGUACUUGUUCUGAUUGGAAACCUGAGUUGGAAUGGGAGAGAACCUUUUAGAAAAAGUAUGUCGAUUAUGGGAGUUAGGGAAUUGUAAGAGUCUUAAUUUACUUAGUGGAUCUAUGGGGCAAGUAGAAGAAACCUCUUUUUAAGAGCAGUCAGGAUUGUACAAGUGACUAAGAAAUGAAAUUCAUAAAAAGGUAUCUCAAGAUUGCAAUAAAAAGAAUUGUUGAAAAGGCAAGUCUGCAAACAACCAAAUCCAUGAGGGGAUUUGAUAGUGCUUCUUGUUUCUCUCUGAAUGCUGAAUUGGUCACCUGACCAGUAAUUUUUGAAACAGAGAUCCUGCAGAUGGCACUCUUUCCUCAGGCCUGGAAGUAUCACAAGGCAUGUAGGCCUGGCCUGUGGAAACAGAAGCUAGAGAACCUGUCCAUUUUACCCUCAGUUUAUAUUUUGGUCUUGGUCAGCUUUUGAAAUGUCAUUUGACUCUGAGCAGCAUUUAUACUGUAAGCUUCAGUAUGUUGCUGAACAAUCAUUUGGGACAGCUCAAACUGUUUUCUUUGAUUAACAUUUAAGGGGAGAUGGACUAUUCCUUUGCCAUGCUUGCUAAUAAUUAUCACUUAAAGAGGUGAUUCUUAGCUUUUUUGUGGCAUUUCAUUCUAUCAUCUGAUUUCCUAAGAUUUUAUCUUCUGAAAGUACUAAGUGGCACACAUAUAUAUAGACACACACCUUAGAGUAUUUUUGUGAUCAUAAAAAUCUGGCCCAAAGAAGUAUUUUGUCCAAACUCCAUGCCUUUUUUGUGUGUGUGUGUGUGUGCGCGCGCUAGGGAUAAAUGAUGAUGUGUAUAGUAGUGACUUCUUAGUUGUAGGAGAUAGCCAGAAAUGCAGGAACGUAAGCUUGUUGGUCAUUACUUCUUGUGCAGAAGGUCUUGAAAUAAAAUGAUCUUUCUUAAU